CUAAUCAAUAACACAUUUGAAUGGCCUUCAUUAUAGCAGACUUAAGAAUUUAUUUUAGAAAUUUAAAAUUUGGAUACUAUCCAAUUUUUAUUCUUGAGCACUUCCGAAGUCCAGUUAUAAAAUGGUUUUCAUUGAGAACAUUACUACACUGUAAAAGAUUUCCUAUUAGAAGAUGCCAGAAUAUACAGUGACAUCAGAAAUAUAUGAGGAGUUUGAUUAUAAGACUGAUAUAAAAGCAAGUAAAAAUGGCCAUGUUAUAUCUGAGUUCCCAUUUUUGUUGCCACGAGGCAACAAUCAAAUUCAGUUUGACAAGGAUGAUGAUUUGGAUGUAGAAAGACCACUAAAAGAAGUAAUCAAGAUUGAACACAGUUCAAAAACUAAGAUAUCAUUAGUUGGUUUACAAGUGUGGAGAGGGGCAUUCUUGCUGGGAGAUUUACUUAUACACUUAGGACAAACUGGUCAACUAAGUGGCAAAACUUUGUUAGAACUUGGUGCUGGUACAGGUUUAACAAGCUUUGUAGCUGCUUUGUUCGCGAAGAAAGUUGUUUGUACAGAUAUUGAUUUAGGAGGUAUUCUAGAUCUCAUUAAAUUGAAUGCAAAAUAUAAUUCAAAGCUAAUAAAAUCGCAGUUUAGAGUGAUGCCAUUAGAUUUUACGAAGUUAGAUUGGAACCGAGUUUUAUUGGAUGAAAUUGAGCGAACCGAUAUAGUAAUAGCAGCUGAUGUGAUCUACGACGAUGACCUGACUGCUGCUUUUAUAUCCACUGUCCAGAAGAUACUCAACACAAACCCGCCAAAAACCUUAUACAUGGUGUUAGAGAAGCGUUAUGUCUUCACUAUAGAGCACAUGGACUCCGUUGCGCCUUGUUACGAAACAUUCCUCACACUUCUGGAUAAAGUAAAGACAGACACUCAUUCCAACUGGAUAUUGGAACAACUACCUCUUGACUUUCCUAAAUAUUUUACGUACGAUCGUGUAAAAGACCUUAUUUUGUGGAAAAUCACUUCGAAUCAAAAUAUUUAAAAAAUACUGUGAUAUUAUAUAAUUUUUAAACUUUAA